CCUCAUUUUGUGUGUAUUGUUGAUAUCGUAGAUAUUGAAGAUGAGAUAGUUGUUCAAAGAAAGAUCUGUUAUCUCGUCUGUUUUGUAGUCGCAUUUUUUUCUCAGACGCUGCUGCUGAUGUGGCCUCGCUCGAUAUAAACCCCAUCACGUGCUCACGCGCGACUCCGCCCGGUAUAAAUCCCACUGCUAACCACAAGCAGAAAAGAAAACAACACAAAAGCUGAGGACCCAUGUUUGCGCGUCAAGAACCUGCUCUCGAGCGGAUCUGAACUCUUGCGGUUGGUGAAUUAAAGAGUCUAAAGAAAGCCGAGAUAUAUUCCUGCUGCUGCUGAUCACCGCUUUCUCUGCGCUGUAUCCAGGAUGCCGGCGCCGUUCUUGUCUUACGACUGUUCGCGCCCUGUGCACGCCUACGCGACGCAAAACUUCCCGCUGCGGAGCUGGACAGCUCCCGCGGUAGCCGCGAUGGAGCACGUUCUCGGUCCGUCGAACGAGUACGGCUCGUGGACUGCGCUGCCGACGCCGGACGAUCUCGAGGCAGGGCUGGUGGCGGUGCGACGCGCGGAUCCGGCGUCGGCGGACGUGGUGCCGGUGCAGCUUGUGCUGGAGUUGCUGGAGCGGCAGUAUGCGCGCACGGUGAUUCUCGUGGAGGCGAAUACCCAGUUGCAGAGAGAGAUCAGGAGUCUUCAGAGUCAGGUCCAGAGUUGGCCGGCUUCGCACGCUCAUGAACAUACACCCUACCCGUCCCAGCAGACAACUGGAAACCCACAGUACCAUUCUAGUAGAUCUGAAUUCUACACCAGCCCACAGCAACUACCCUCAUACACCCCAACCUCCCGCACCCACGGCGCCUCACCCAGCGCAGAAAGCAGCCUCGACGGCACCGUCAGCCCCGCCUCGACAACCUCCGCCUCGUCGCCGACCGCAUCAACAGCAGCAGCAGUUGCCGCGGCCGCGCACGACUUUGCGCCGGCGCAUAGUCUUGAAACUUCGGCAAAGCGUACGUUCGAUCAGAUCACUGGAUCGGUCAGCAGCGGCGUGCGCUUGUCGUCGGAUCUGGUCGCGCAGCAUGUUGACCCUAGUAUCGUUUUGGUGCGGCCGGCGCUGCUUGAAAGUGUGAAUGGUGGUGGGAUCGAUGGGAAACUACCGCGACCUAUGAAGCGAACGCGGAAGCAGAAAAAUAUAAUGUGAUGCGUCGUUGUACAGUGAGCA